GCGGACGGAAGUGACGUGACCCUCACGCCCUGGGCGUGAUGGAGCAGCAGCAGCAGCAACUGAGAAACUUGCGAGACUUCCUGUUGGUCUACAACCGAAUGACAGAACUGUGCUUCCAGCGCUGUGUGCCCAGCCUGCACCACCGAACUCUGGACACUGAGGAGGAGGCCUGUCUGCACAGCUGUGCUGGAAAACUCAUCCAUUCUAAUCACCGCCUCAUGGCUGCUUACGUCCACCUCAUGCCCGCCCUAGUCCAGCGCCGCAUCGCGGACUAUGAGGCUGCCUCGGCCGUGCCAGGUGUUCCAGCAGAACAGCCCAGAGACUCACCAUCAGGCAGCUAGCCUUCCUGGCCCUAGGAGAGAAGGUGCUUGGGUAGUUCCCUCUAUGGACCUUGGGCUUGUCGAAAUUUGUACAGAGAGCUUGAGCCUGAAAUGGUACUGUUGCUCCUUUUCUUGGAGCCAAUAAACCCGUUUUCACGCUG